AUGAGCGGCGGGGUAGCGAGGGCGACUGGGCGAGGUGGUGUACUUGCCGCGAGUGACGCCGAGGGGAGGUUGAGAGAGAUAGGAAUGAGGAAGAGGAAAGAGUUGUGUGCAAAGGCUGUGGAUGGAGAUCAAAGCAAAGGAGGCGAUGAAGUGAGGCACGCACCGCGCACGAGCGAGCACCUGGCAGCCGGUGUCGAGGAGGCUACGCAACGCGACUUCGCACACAGGGCGCAGCAGGUCCUAGGUCUCACUUCGGGCCUUGGCCCAUUUAGGGCCACCAGGAGCAGCUCUGCUCCCAAGCCCUCUCCCUCCUCGCCCGCAGCCAUUGCAGCGGGCUAUGGAAGACCCUGGGAACUGGGCCGAGCCUCAUGUCGAGUCACCCAGCGCAUUAAACUUGGGCCCCGCAUCCUCCGGACCAAGAGUCGGCGCCUCAAUCUCCCUUUCCUGCCGGAGGGCGUCGCUCAGCUCCUGUCCUUCCUUCUCGAAUCGAUCGCCGACCUUGACGCUGUCGCCACGCCCACAAUGGUCGACAUAAAGGACUGGCUGCAGAAUGCGGCAUCCAGUCUCGAUCCCGGACAGGUCAUCAAGCCCGACAGCUUGACAUACCUCGAGGCGAUGAAUGCUCUUGAAAUGAUGGACCCCGCCAUGGACUGGGGUGUCAACUUCAACCCGCACGGCGAGUUCGACCCACACGCUGCGCUAUCGCCCGUUCAGGUCUGCUGGAUCAUGGACGAGAUGGCCGCUCGCGAGGUUGCCUGGCUGCGGGGCGGAACGGUCGCGCAGACCUUCCUUACUUCAUUGCACUACCACAACCCGUUGUCUCUGCAACCCAACGUCCCUGUGUCCGAUCCCUCGUUCUACCAAGCGGAGGCCUCUUGCGCCGCCCUGCGCGCCUUCGUGCUCGCGUACGCGAAGGGCAUUGAGGUGGCGUACUACGCCGUACUGGACAGUGGCGCAGUGCGAGAUGGCGAGGACACAUGGCUGGAUACAUAUGGCGUGCCGCUCGAGACGACGGAGAGUAUCGACGAUGUGCGAGCUUACGUCUCCAGCUGCGCGCGCUGGCUCCUCAGCGGCGAUCACGGGCCGGAGUGGGACGCCAACGCCUGGGUUCAGGUCGUCAACCGGCUCAACUUCCAGCUGACGUGGAUGGAUACGCUGAGUCUCAAGGUUGCUCGCCGGCCAGGCCCCAUUCACCUCGCGCCCGAGAGUGCGAAGGUCGACUGGGCUUUCGACAACGUUGCGCCCUUCCUCCGCCAGAACAUGCCCUUGCCGACGCUCACAAUGCCAGGACAUGCUGAGACGUGGGCAACAUUUGCUCGCGCGAUGGAGGACAUGGAGUAUGCGCGUGCUUUGUCGAAGCUCGAUCUGCGCGAGCGCGAGAUGGCACUUCUGCGAGGACGCGGCGAGAUGCUGCCCGUCGUGCGAGCGCUAUGGAAGGUCCUGCUUGUUGACAACCAUCCUGUGAAUGAGAUGAUGGACGAGUGGCUCGAUGAUAUCGGCGCCGAGGACGUCAUGCCCACGAUCGACGCGGCGAUAGCGAAGGAGGAUCGGUGGUCUUUCUCGUAUAUCCGGGACAUCACUGGCGGGAACCCAGCACGAACACGGAGAGCGUACGAACACUAUGCCCGGACAUGGACCGAGCAGGCAGCAGCCGCGACGCGGUUGACGCGGAAAUGCCCUGCAGCUGCGCCGCUCAUCAAGAUUCUGCAGGCACGAGCGCUCGACUGCCAGCUGAACGCCAGCUUGCUCGCCUUCGACCUCGGACUUGUGGGCCACGACGAGCGCCGGAUGAUGUGGUGGUGGGUCGCGAAGGUGGCCGGGGCGCGCUCCGUGCUCGACGACGCAUGGCAGGCGCGCUGGGCCGCGGCGUGGCUCAGCAUCGCUUCGGCGAUGGUCCUUCAAGGUUUCCGUGCCAAAGAACCAGUUCAUGCUCCGGCACAAGCUGGCGCUCCGGGGCGCCUUACUGAAGCCGUCAUGGGAGGACUGGGCGGCCGCACGGAAAGCCCUCGACAGAGUGACACACUCGAGCGCGCAGAGGAGUGGCUUGUGGACGGCGAGGAGAAGCUCGGCGAGGUCGAGAGCCGAACGCUGCGGACGACGUCGCUGCGGCAAGUCGCACACGCAAACGCAGCGCUGCUCGCCCAAGGCAUCCCGCUCGUCUGGGACGAGGAGACGCGAUACUCGAUUCCGAAGCUGAAGCCAGCACAAACGCAAGACUAG